GGAGUUCGCUUGAGCCUUGAGCUAUGCGUUUGGUGCGCUGGCUGGCCGCUACAUCUAUUUCUCGUAUCUCUUUAUUCCAUGGCUACGCCCAUUGACUUCUAGUAGCAAAAUUCGCGUCCCAGUGCACGCUCGUAACAACUUUGAUGACCAUUGCUCUUUUCCUUCCGAUUUGAACUAGAAAAUAGAAAAUAGAACAUUACUCGCGUAAUGUCCAGGUCAUACCAGAUUCUCGAACAAAACUUGGUUCCUUCAAUUUCUUCUUCUCUAUAUGUAUAUUCGUAUAAUUGGAGCGACGCGGGACUUGCAGCGAAAACCAUACGGGACCGUGGCCGACCCACAGUUGGCUUGGCUAUUCAGCUCUCUUCGACGGGCCAAUUGGACGCUUUGGUUUUUGCUACAGGGCCUCAAGUGUAUUACAUUGUAUGUAAUGCUGAUUACCUAGAAGAGGACUUCUACCUCUCCAAACUGCUCAAUAGCCAGUAGGCACCGUUGUCGGGUUCAAUAUGGCGAAGCUGGCCUUGCAUAUUUAUCGAAACUUAGGUCUCAAUUGCUCAGGUGUCGGUCUCUCGACUGUGCAUCCGAACUGCAGGACAAAACCCUGGAACGCGUCGGAACUUGUGCUUCGCAAGCUUUACUCAACUGUUGACAAGAAUAAGGUUGACGUACUAUGGUAUGGAAACAACAGUGACACUGCGUCGCGAGACGCAUGUUUACGUGCAUGGAUUUCCGCGAGGGUGGCAGAAAACGCGUUGCCUGAAGUUCGCUCUGCCAAGAAAGUCGAUACCAAUAUACUUCAGCAUAGGUUUCUUGAUUGUUUAGGUCGCCUUGUUGUGACCAUAGACCUGCUAAAUGCUGCGAAACCUACUACAAUAGAAAACGAGUUCGAUUCAGUUGAAAUGGGGGAUGGACAACAGCUCAUUUUGCAGAACUCGCGAUUCAAGACUCGUGUUCGACGAAGCAACCAGACCUCUGUCAUCAUGAACAGCUCUCAUGGAGGAGACAUUGUUGGUAGGGCGAUAUAUGCACAUGGACGUUCAACGAAUAUACAAGUACUUCAAGGCAGGUUCCGGCGCGACGUCGGUAGCGUUCGUGUAGUAGGACGCGACGAUGCUACCUUUCCGGAAGUAGCUCGCGAACAGUUCUUGCUACAACUAUUGCAAGGAAAGGGCCCGCCUAUCUUGCCGGUCAGGACUGAUACUGUCGAGGUACAUCCUGCCUUCUCCAUGCUCAAUAUGUGCCAAUGCUCUGUCGCUGCUGCUAUGAUAUCUCCAUCAGAGUCUCUUGUUAUCACACAUGGGCCUCCUGGCACCGGCAAGACUACAACGAUUGCUGCUGCUGUGAAGUAUUGGAGUUUGCAGAGGUCUCCUGUUUGGAUCGUUGCGCGUUCGAACGUCGCAGUUCGGAAUAUUGCAAGAAGUCUGGUUAGCAAUAACGUUUCGGAUUUCAAGUUGAUUGUGUCGAAGGAGUUCUAUCUCGAAUGGCAUGAAGACCUCUAUGCUAGAGUAGCCAAUCACUUGAUUCGGUCCGAUGAUCUUUUCAGUGAUUCCGUUACCUUUGAAAGAAGGUUCAACGGAAGCCGAGUAGUUCUGUGCACCUUGAGCAUGCUUUCAAAUCCAGCAUUAGAUGAAAUCGGUGUAUUCGACCUAAUUCCGGUUGAUCGUCUGGUUGUCGAUGAGGCCUCCCAGGUUGACACAUUUGACUUCAUGCACCUUUUUCACAAGUUCAAGAGAUUGCGAAAGGUUUGCUUCUUUGGAGACCCCGAGCAGUUACCGCCAUUCGGACAAGAGAUUGCGCCAGAGAUGCGGAGCAUAUUUGAUAUCAAGCAUUUACAAACAACCAACUGCUUACUUUCUCAGUACUCAGUAUCGAUUACCAGUUGCAUUGGGUGAUUUCAUUUCUGACGAAGUUUAUAAGUCAGAGAUACGUUCGGAACACUGGAACCAUGAUAUGUCAUGCGUUAGGUUCAUAGAUGUUGCGAAAGGUGAAGAAGAGCGUUCUGGUUCUAGUUGGAAGAACACGGACGAAGUCAAUACUGUGGUACACCUCAUCCGACACUAUUACCAUGAUCGCGACUUCUGUGUCAUCACACCAUAUGAUGCACAGCGAGCUGCUAUUCAAAAGCGGCUUCAAGCGGAGCGUCUACCUCAUGACCGUGUCUUCAAUGUCGACAGCUUCCAGGGCCAUGAGGCGGCCUUCGUGAUUGUAUCUGCUGUCCGUACCAAAGCCCCCGGUUUCUUGCGCUUCCAGAACAGGAUGAAUGUAAUGCUUACCCGGUGUGAAGCUGGCAUGGUGAUUCUCACAAGUCGAAGUUUCAUCCGAAUGGGUGCCCAGGACACACUCCUGGGCAAGCUAACAAAACACUGGGAACAACACUCGGAGACCGCUUGGGCAGACUGGCGAGAGGUCGCCAAUCGAACUGCGGAUAUGCCCGGUGCCCUGUCUCCCCUUCGAAGCCAUGUAACAUACGUGCCAAUCAAGGAAGAACUGCCUAGUCUUAUCAUCCCGAGGGCCGUCACGCCUUCUCUAUCGCUGUCACAAGAUAAUUCGAAUAAUUGGGACCACGAGAGAGCUGCUGGUGAACUAUAUCCCGAUGUCGUUAAAGCUUCGAAGGAAGCUGAGGAUUCCUUUGCACACGCUUCGCGAUAUUUACAGCCAGCCUUUCACUCACAAGAUGCCGAUUUGCAACAUCCAAGGCGCCAGUUGCUUUUGUCGAUGCAGUCUCAGACAUCUCCUGAUUCCAAGGAGAAUGUACCAUAUCCAUCCUAUCUGCGCGGACAGGCUGACAAACGCAGGUAGCUCCUCGUACUCCAUGGCCAUACUUUCCAUUAUUUGUGAACGCGCAGGAUUCUGGACGCGCCUACUCUCUAAACCAAUUCAUCGAUCUCGACGCCAUUCUUCGCAUGAAUAUUCCUCGGCAUUCACCGUACUCGCUUUCUUGUUUAGUUCUUGCUUUCUCGCAUUGUACAGUAUCACCUCAGGAUGACCGUAAUACUUACCGCAAUGUACUUGCACAUAUGACCAUAGAUGUUUCACUCAUGGAAAGGAUCUCAUCCACUCUUUCCGGU